CUUACCAUUCCAUUCUAUAUAAACCCCUUUCUCUUCCUUCUCCCCCCACUCAAACCCCCAUUGCCUGAAGAAAAUUUCUCUCUCAAUUUGUCCUUCCAUAUUCACUUUUCUCUCCUUCCUUUCCCAUCCCAUAAAUCAUACUUCCUUUUUAGCUUGAAAAAAAAUCAGAGAGAACCAACCAUGCCUGAGGCACCAAAAGAGGGUACUACUUAUGUUCAUGACUCUUCUAGUGUUGCUGAGAAGAACAAGAGAGUGCUUGAGUUCAUUGAACAAGUGACUGAAAACGCUGAUGAGGUUCAAAAGAAAGUGCUUGCUGAAAUCUUGUCAAGGAAUGCCCAUGUUGAGUACUUACAGAGGCAUGGCCUUAAUGGCCAGACUGAUAGGGAGACUUUCAAGAAGAUCAUGCCUGUGAUCACAUAUGAGGACAUUCAGCCUGAUGUUACUCGUAUUGCUAAUGGAGAUAAAUCCCAAAUCCUUUGCUGCCAACCCAUUUCUGAGUUCCUGACAAGUUCCGGGACUUCUGGUGGCGAGAGGAAAUUGAUGCCUACAGUUGAGGAAGAGCUGGAGAGGAGGCAAUUGCUGUAUAGCCUUCUGAUGCCAGUGAUGAGUCAGUUUGUUCCUGGUCUAGACAAAGGGAAAGGAAUGUAUUUCUUGUUCAUCAAAUCGGAGGCUAAGACCCCAGGUGGACUAGUUGCUCGUCCAGUGUUAACCAGCUACUACAAAAGUGCACACUUCAAGAACAGGCCUUUUGAUCCUUACACAAACUACACCAGCCCAAAUGAGACCAUUCUCUGCCCUGACUCUUACCAGAGUAUGUACUCCCAAAUGCUCUGUGGGUUGUACCUCAACAAAGAAGUCCUACGUGUUGGUGCUGUUUUCGCCUCGGGUUUCAUCCGGGCUAUCCGAUUCCUGGAAAAGCAUUGGCAACUUUUAAGCAAUGAUAUCCGGACAGGAACUCUAAACCCACAAAUCACUGACCCUUGUGUGAGGGAUGCAGUGAUGAAAAUCUUGAAACCUGACCCACAACUUGCUGAUUUUAUUGAGGCACAAUGUGGGAGGGAGUCUUGGCAAGGGAUCAUUACAAGGUUGUGGCCAAACACCAAGUAUAUUGAUGUUAUUGUGACUGGGACCAUGUCACAGUACAUCCCAACUCUGGAUUACUAUAGCAAUGGCCUACCUCUUGUGUGCACAAUGUAUGCUUCCUCCGAGUGCUUUUUUGGUGUUAACCUUAACCCUCUCUGCAAGCCAAGUGAUGUCUCUUACACCCUCAUCCCCACCCUUGGCUACUUUGAGUUCCUCCCUGUUCAAAGAAACAAUGGUGCCACCAACUGCAUCAACGUCCCCAAGUCUCUGAAUGAGAAAGAGCAACAACAAUUGGUUGAUCUUGCCGAUGUUAAACUUGGACAGGAGUAUGAGCUUGUUGUUACUACUUAUGCAGGUACAAUUAAAACCAUUCUCUUGAUUCAUUCCUUUGUUCUGAAAUUAAUUAAUUCACCCAAAAAGUUCCUAAUUUUGCUUUGUCUUUUUGUUGUAUCUUGAAGGUUUAUACCGCUACAGAGUGGGAGAUGUGCUCAGGGUGGCUGGUUUCAAGAACAAGGCCCCUCAAUUCAACUUCAUCUGCAGGAAAAAUGUAGUCUUGAGCAUUGAUUCUGACAAGACUGAUGAGGUUGAACUCCAGAGUGCAGUGAAAAAUGCAAUUACCCAUUUGGUUCCAUUUGGUGCCCAGUUGACUGAUUACACCAGCUUUGCGGAUACCACCAGCAUUCCAGGGCACUAUGUCCUAUAUUGGGAGCUCAGCCAAAAUGAAUCAACCCCGGUUCCUCCAUCAGUGUUCGAGGACUGUUGCCUCACCAUUGAAGAGUCCCUCAACAGUGUUUACCGCCAGGGACGUGUUUCUGACAAGUCAAUUGGCCCACUUGAGAUCAAAAUUGUGGAGUCUGGAACCUUUGAUAAGCUCAUGGAUUAUGCCAUCAGCUUAGGUGCUUCAAUCAAUCAGUACAAAACUCCCCGGUGUGUCAAAUUCGCUCCAAUUGUUGAACUUCUCAACUCACGGGUUGUUUCAAGCUAUUUCAGUCCAAAGUGUCCCAAGUGGGUUCCUGGUCAUAAGCAAUGGAAUAUCAGCGGCAACUGAGGAGAGGAUAUAACGAAGAAGAUAAAUGAAGAAGAAUUGUUUUUUGUGAUCAAUCUUAGUAGUACCUAGGAAUUAAGGAAGAAAAAACCAAAAAAAAAAAAAAUGCCCAUGUAGGUUAACCCUCCCCUUUCCCUCCUCCCUUCAUUUUAAUGUUUCUUUGAAUCCCUUCUGUCAAUUUUAACUGUUGUUCAUCAUGGUUAGAGAAUUUUAAAUUAGCCCCUUGUACAAAAAGAUGUUCCUCUUCAAGGUAAUUAAGCUCUUCUUCUUCCCAAUUAUUCUGCCUUUUUUGACCAAUUGAUACAUUUUUGCUACUCAAAAUUGAUCCAAUUUCGAUAAGAAGCCAUGAUCAUCCAAAGUUGUUGGCUGGAAAUAAUACCGUAUACGUAUAUAGUAACGUACAUGAUCUGUGGUGCCAGCUGCCAAGUGCUUGAGAUUGAAGCAUUCAAACAUAUUAGUUUCAUGGGAAUUGUUCUUCGUAUUUCCAGCCAGGAAUCCUGCCCACUCAACUCUCA